ACAUCGCGGCGGCUGAGUGACAGGUGGUGAGGACCAAUCGAGGCGCGCGAAGAGCUGGGGGGGCGGUAGUCUCUUCUCAGCGGCUCCUACGCGGGGCGGCGGGAACGUUAACGCUUUCCAAUGGAUAUAAAAGUCGUCAGAAGAUAUGAAACAAGAAAUAAGAUGGCAGGAGCAGAACUGUCAUCCAAAUCCCGAGUUGAUUGGAGACGUACUAAAAGGGAGCUCAUACUACUUGACAGCAAUGAUGAACCCUUAUGUACCUCUGAGGAGGAAGAGCCUACCACAUCAGAAGAUGAGGUAGAGGAAAAAGAUGAAGCUGUUGUGAAGAACAGCCUUUCAGAUCAGGAAGAGAAAAGGCACGAUGGGGAAUUAGCAGAAGAAGGUGAGGAUGAGUGCAUCGUGCCUGGGAAGCGUAAAAGGUUGAACACCUCCGUCUUGUAUGACAGUGAUGAAAGUGAGGACAGCGAUAUACCUAUUAGAAAAGUUUUUGCUAAACGCCACUGUAUAAUUGAUGAAGAUGAGAGUUCUGAAGAACAGCAACCUCGUAAAACCUGCCCUACAGAAAAUGUUUCUACUAAUAGGAAACAGAAAGUGUUUGCAAAGUUGAAAGAACUUGCAAGGCAAAGAGCAACUCGGACAUCCUGCAGCAGUGAAAAUUCUGAGGAUUCUAAUGGUGAAGAAGAAAUGGAAGAAGAACCACUCGGUCACUUGCCCCUCACACCAACAGAAGGCAGUGAAAGUGACAGCAACAGCAUGAAAGAUUUUAUAGUAGAGGAAGAGGAAGAUGAUGAUGACAACACAGAUGAUGAAAAGAGUGAAAACCAGCCACAACAGAAGGAACUAAAAACAUCAAAUAGCGAGUUGCUGGCACACUAUGUUCCACACUUAUCUCGCUGUGAUCAUUAUGUACACUUCAAAAGAAUAGUAAAGGCUUUCCUCAUAAAUGCAAUUGAUGACACUUUUCUGAGCUCAUUAUAUGAUGGAACAAGACAAAAGAAGUAUGCGCAAGAUAUGUUGCUCUCACUUCAUUAUUUGGAUGACCGUUUCAUUCAGCCUCGUCUUGAGAACUUAAUCUCUAGAAGUCGCUGGAAAGAUCGAUACAAGGAGCGUGUGGAUUGUUACCCAGAUGUUCGCAUAAUCUUGAAAAAUCCAGAAAAUAUCUCUUGUCAGGCGUGUGAAUUGAAUCGGUAUUGUAAGUUCAACGUGCUGCUCUCUGGAAAGCUCUAUAAUAGUAGAACUUUGGAAGCAGAUGACUUCAUGUCAGAUGACAAGCAGGUUUUGAAGGUUGGCGUGGUGUGUGCAAAUCGUACAAGAGUUUAUCAUAACUUGAAGCACUUCAAAUACAAGUUGCAUGUGGAUUGCAGCUCCAUUACUGAGGUGGAUGGUGUUGAGGACGAACCGGUCAAAGACACGGUCGAACGGCUUUUCAGCCAGUUGGAUGACAGUGGGUGGAUUCAGAAGAGAUAUAAUGAUCUUGAAGACUACAUGAAUGAUGCAGACAGAUUCCAAGAAGAGAAAAUGGAUUAAGUGGUCAUAAAGCUCUUUGAAAGGCAUUUUGUAAAAAUCUGAAUGGCCUGCUUUAGCUGCAUGCACUUUAUCUCUGCCUGGUCUUCAAGAUUCUUUCUAGGCUGUGUUAUACUUAAAUCCAUAUGCCUUUAAACUACUGUCUGAGGAUGUGCUGUAUCUUUUUUUCUCAUCUGUGUCAAUAAUAACCCAAAGUUUUACCAAAUCAGUCCUUCCAGGCUUACUGCAUAGGUCACUUUAAGUUUCCUUCUGUUCUUAAAAAUAACAUCUCAGUAUCUGUUUACUUGGGAAAUAAAGCUGCCACCUAUUUCUGUUGAACUGCAUCGUAGGGAAGGUAGGAGAUGCUGAGACCUUUUGAAGUAGGUGUAUUUGGAAAGGUAAGGCUAUGUGAUACAGGAACGUAUGACUUGCAUCUUACCUUCCUUCUUGCUCGUUAUGCGCAAGUAAGCCCAAGCAUUUAGAAUGGUAGUUACAAUAAACAGGACCCAAAUGCAGAGGUCUAUUUCCCUACUGAGGAAUCAGUAUAGACUGUUGCAAGGCAACAGAGGAAAUAUUCUGCAGUUCUGACUACAUUUGCGGCACAGUAGUCAUUCCUCUCUUUAGAGAGUAGGUGAUGAGUCACAUUAUAGGCGUCAUGCAGACUGAGUCUGGCUUAGCUAUCUAAGUGAACGCUUGGGCCCACAGCGCUGGCUCUGAUAAGCAGCUGGGGCAAUUCACUGAGAUUUUAAACAUAAAUUACAUUGUGCAAGCAUAAUGGCAACAACGUGCAGUAACUAAAAGAUUAAUGGAUUAAUGCGGCCAUGCAAGAUGAGCAAGAAUUCUUCCAGUGUAACUUAAUAGAAAUUAGGAGUUGCUCAGAAUCAUGAUGCAUCACUUACCUGAAUUACAUGAAGCCCAAGUCAGAGUUCUUUGGGGCCAGGGGAGUAGAUUUUUGAAGAGUUAGGAAGAGUUAAGUACUGUAUUGGCCAUUCUGAAAAACUGGACGUGAGCCGACGAUGUGCUCACAGCCCAGACAGCCAACGGUACCCUGGGCUGCAUCAAAAGCAGCGUGGCUGGCCGGUCGAGGGAGGUGGUUCUGCCCCUCUACUCCACUCUGGUGUGACCCCACCUGCAGUGCUGCAUCCAGCUCUGGAGCCCUCAGCACAGAUGGGACAUAGACCUCUUGGAGCGGGUCCAGAGGAGGCCACAGAAAUGAUCCAAGGGAUGGAGCACCUCUCCUGCAAAGACAGGCUGAGAGAGUUGGGGUUGUUCAGCCUGGAGAAGAGAAGGCUCUGGACAGACCUUAUUGUGGCCUUUCAGGACUUAAAAUGGGCUUAUCAGAAAGAUGGGGACAGGCUUUUUACCAGGACCUGUAGUGACAGGAGAAGGGGCAAUGAUUUUAAGAUGAAAGAGUGUUGGUAUAGAUGGGCAUAAGGAAGACAUUUUUUAUGAUGAGAGUGGUGGGGCACUGGAGCAGGUUGCCCAGGGAAGCUGUGGAUGCCCCAUCAGUGGAAGUGCUAAAGGCCAGGUUGGAUGGAGCUCUCAGCAACCUGGUCUAGUGGAAGAUGUCCCUUCCCAUGAUGAUCUUUAAAGGUCCAUUCCACCCCAGCGCAUUCUUUGAUUCUGUCUCUGUACCUUGUGCUGCAUAUAAAAUCAAUUAGGUGUAGCCUAAGAUAAGAUGCAGGGCUUUGCAUCCAGUUAGGAACUGUUCCUACAUCCUGCUGUAUGCACUUACUGAUCCAUUAGUGUUUUGCAGCUGAGCAACUUAGUGAAAGGGAAGAUAUUGUUAGAAGUCUAGAUUCUUUCAACAUGAUCCUCUCAGAACCAAAAUUAAUGAAACCUAAUUUCUCAUGGAUUUGUCCAUAAGAAAUCCCCGCAUUCAUUAUGCCACUCUACUGGUAACAGCUGUGCUGAUUGGCCAGGGGACUGCUGCCAGGUGUAUCACUUAACAGGGAACAUCUGUUGGCUUUUUUCCACAGGAACUACCUGACAUUUGUCAUUCAGUACCCUUUUUUCCAGCAUUCAUUGUAAGAAAUAAACUGCUUUUAUAUAUUAAAGGGUUGAAAGGCAGCGAUGGUUUAUAUGCUAUUGGAGUGAGCUAAUAUUGUCAGUUCUCCCUUGUACCACAUACAGAUACAAGGUUUACAAACCAAAUGAAGAAUCCCUGUAAACAUAUUGAGACAUAUUCUAAAGUAAACUUAUGUUGCAGAUAUUGUUUCCAUACCCUAACUGUGAGUUAGAUAUGUAAACAUCCUGAGAUUUUAUAUAUGUUAUACCUAUCUCCCGGGUGACCAAAGCUGAAGGAAAUCUUCUCUAUUCUUUUUCCUUCUUCAUCCCUGUUCUGAGAAUAUUGGUGGGAACACACCCGUCAGCUUAAAAGUCUUCAGGAAUCCAUCUCAAAUAUAUCCCUUUUAGGAAAAGUAAUGCCCCUUGGUGCCCCACUUCCUUCUGUUAACAAAAUCUCUGUACACUUUUGUUGAUUUCUCUAGAUAAUAAAAUAACAUUUAUGUUUGGUGUAACUUCAUUCUUACAAAGGAAAACCGUUCUGAAAUAGAAUCAUAGAAUUAUAGAAUCGUUAAGGUUGGAAAAGACCCUUAAGAUCAUCGAGUCCAACCGCUAACCUAUCACUGCCAAAUAAAUGAGUUUUGUACCACAAAAUGGAGUAUGCCCUCUCAGAGCCUUCCUGACUCGUCUUAAUUUCUGCUACCUUCUGAAUUUUUUGAAACCUCUCAAGACUGUAUGAUUUUUAUUUUAAAAUUUUGCUAUAAAAAUGAAUGGUCCAUUUCUCA